GAGCAACCCAUAUAGCUAGCUAGCAGGCUAAGUAAGCUUUCUACCGAAAACUGACAAAUUUAACUCAGACGUAAUGCUCUAACUGCCCUUUUCCUCCUGCUCACACACGGAAAACAUUGAAUGACACUCACAGUGAUGUCGUCUCUUCUGAGGGAGGAGAUGCAGAGAGUUUUGUUUCGACCUGCAAAGCAGAGACUAGUGGAGUUUAUUGAAAUUGAAGAGCCAUCGCAUGGAAGACAUUUUCUCUGUGCUUCAGUUGCAAAAAACAAAGAAGUCCAGAUAUGUAUAGUGCAAUGUCAGAUGUCUCUGUCCCUAAAGACUGCAUCCAAGAGAUCCUACACCAAACGCUCCAGCAUACAGGAAUGCUACCAGAAGGCAGAGAUCUGGUCCCUGAAAGACCUGACUCUUAUUGAUGGAAGAGAUCCUGAUGUGGAUGACCCCUGUUUCCUGCUCCACUUUGACCAGGUGCGUGCAGUGACAGCGAUCAGCUGCUCGGCCAAAUACGCUAUCGUGCGUGCCCUGGUUACUCUCAGCGAGCGGUACUGUCAGAGGUCACUGAAUCUGAGGAACUUUGACUGGGCUUACAUCACACCCACCGCUUUCUACUCAAACAAAGGGGACUGUGCUGUUCUGUCACAGAUAUGCUUCUAUGCGGUCAAUUUGCUUUGUCUGUCCAUGUGUCAUGUGCCUCUGGAUUGAUAAUAAAAUUACACAGUUGUUAUGAGUGUGCCAGUUAAGGUGUGUUUAUGUUAAGAAGUUGUAGCAAAUACUGUACGCGCAUAUUGCUUAUGUCAGUUAGAAGGUAUGAAGCAAAUGUAAGGUUAUAGCUUAGGUUAGUUGGGCUUAGAUGAAGUACUAUUCACAAAGUGUUUUGCAUUAAUGCUGUGCUGAAUGUAUCUUCAUGGCAAAUGCUCACUAUUUGCCAUAACUGCCAUCUAAUUUUGUGAUCUUUUAAUUACA